AUGGGAUUCAUUUCAACUGCGUACGCGGCGCAGCUCUCUCCUACGGUAUCUCUCGCGACUCGCUUUGGUGUCAACAUUUACAGCUACGAGUCGGACUUCUCCGUCGGCGGGGAAUGGUGGAUCGGGCGACGGUUCGGGGGAGGAAGGGGUCCCGCAGUGGAGCCCACACCAGAGGAGCUGGAAACGAUCGCGAAGCGUGCCAAGCUUGGCGGGUCACUGCGUGAUGAUCCGGGCCCGGACAGUGAGCCCGAGCUCAUCGAUAUCGCAGAGAAGGCAAUGAGGCAGGUCGGCGCUGCCCGCCUCAAGGCAGACAAGGAGAGGGAUGGUGUUCUGAAGGCGAGUUUGCGCGGGGACUGGUCGCUCGCCCUGCUGUACGAGAGCAGAAUACGCAACUGCCUCGUGUCCGUCGGGCUCGUAAGUGACGUAUUCAGCGGGACUAGCCGCGCUAUCCGCGGCGUUGGACUCGAGGUGCAAUACUACUCAUAA